UGAGGCAAUGACAGUGUCGUUUACAGACGAUGGUGGCAGCCCCAAGGGGGAGGCAGACCCAUUCUACUAUGACUAUGAGACUGUCCGAAAUGGGGGCCUGAUCUUUGCCGGCCUGGCCUUCAUCGUGGGGCUCCUCAUCAUCCUCAGCAAAAGAUUCCGCUGUGGGGGCAAUAGGAAGCACAGACAAACCAGUGAAGACGACCUGUGACAGCAGAGUGAGCUGUGCCCACCCACCGCACUGAGGCUGGCUGGGAAGCCAGGAAGGCCCAUCUUUUGUGUAUCUCUGUCUUCUCUGGGCUCUAGACCUCUGUACCCAUCACUGCCAGUGCGUAGGCUGAAGUUCUAGGUUCAAUGUGACCCUGGGUGGGUAUCACUCCCUCCUGCCCCGUGCCACCUGGUGGUCAUAAUAAA